UUGAAAGCAAGUUCCCUUUUUUUCCCUUUAUCGCAAAAAGGAGGUAGAUGGGACGGGUUGAAAUGCUAUGUGGAGAACGAGCGGGUACUGGGGCUUUUUUUGUCGAGAUGUCAAUGUCUUUGUCAUCUCAUUUCCAAAUCUCCCUUGUCCCUAAAAAACGGUCGAUAUUUGGUAAGUGAACGCAGCGGAUAUCGAUGCGAGACGAACGAUGACGCGAAAAUCGAUGUGGUUUUUCGUUGGAGUCCUGGCUGACGCGCAAUAUCUUCCUGAUCCUGAAUCACUUACGGUCUUAGACCCAGGUGGAAUUAGCAGAAAAAAUGGGGUGCCGAUUUCUAGAACGAGUGUAAAUUUGGCGUGUCGGACGUGUUUACUACGUGGAAAUUUCGAUACAACCAGCGAGAGUGGUAUCGUCGCACCGUGAUUAAGAAAAACGAAUGAAAUUAUUUUGUAGAUGAUCGGUGGGAAAGGAGAUGAUUUUGUUUUCCCCCUUCAAUGCUUUGCGAAGAACCGGGGAUGGAGGUUGGAAGUUGGAAGGGGGCUCGUCCAAUGUUGAAUUUCAAGGGGAUUA